AUGCUGGCAGACCUGUCAUCUUGGAUUAUGGGUCAUCCUACUAAUACAAGAGUGCGUCAUGUGGGUAAAUCUGCAAAGAUCUACUUUCAAACGUUAACAGAGGCUGGUGUGAUCUUCUACCAUCUCCUAUUGAGUAAGUCUGAGAAUGGGAUUGGUUCCAAUAAGAUGUGUUUUGUCCUGAGGGUUAAAGUCAGCCUUUAUAAAAUUUCAAGAGAUCCUCAAUAUAAUCUUGACACACGUUCAAAAUACGGCAAUUUCAAUAUGAAUGGGAAAAAAAUCCCUAUUAAAAUCCGAUUAAUAUCUACAGUAAACGAUAACAACAUUGAAUGGCACAAUAUAUAUUACCAGUCGCUGAAAGUCUCCGAAAACACCACUUACCUCCUCUAUUCAGCCUUCCUGGAUAAUCGUAUCUCCACCGACACACGCCCCUGUAUCAGGAUCUUAGCCUACAGCAAAGACACAGAUCCGGCCACUCCUUGGUGCUAUAUUUGGUUCAACUCUACGGGUCCGCCCGCCGUCUCUCGAGUUAUAAGACUAGAUUACGUAGACUACGUAGCUAGAUCACAGUCCCGCCAGAUGGUGUUCAUUCUCACUUGUCGAAUUCCGAAGAAUGAUUUCCACCUUGAGCCCUUGGCCGUGUCACUCGUCCGUCGGCCGUGCGAGAGAGCGCUCACUUUGCUGCAGGUUGUAGGAUCCAUGGAACGUGACAAUUCAACCGCCAUCGCUAAGAAAGAUUCAGAUCGAAGGAACAAUAGACCACCUAUAUGGAACGUGGCAGUGUGUGGCCCAGCUCUCUUCUACUACCACCAGGACAUCUCGGUGCGUCUGGUCGAGUGGCUGGAGAUGCUUAGGGCUUCGGGCUUCGCAAAGGUCUUCCUGUCCGAGACCGACGUCCACCCCAACAUACAGAAGGUUCUACAGUACUACAUACAGGAAGGCUUUGUAAGCGUGACGAAAUUCACGUAUCCAGAACCAUAUGUGAACGAACCCAACACCCGCAGGUUAUGGACCAUGUUGAAGCGAAGUGAGAUGUUUACCAUGGAAAAUAUGUACUUCACCGACUGCGUCCUCCGCCAUAUGCACGAGUACCGCUUCAUCGCCCACUUCGACCCGGACGAAAUGCCCAUCUUACCCUGGAACGAGUCUUUCCCUCAUUGGGUCGCCGAUAAGACAUUCAGGCGUGCUGUUACCUCAGGAAAGGAGAUGGGCCAGUGGGAAUCGCUUCACCUGCCUUGGUACUAUCACAACGACGAUCUGGAAACGUCAAACGCGUCUCUUCCAAAAUACAUGUGGAUGUUGCGCCACUCUCGACGAUCCCUGAAGGGACUUCAGUUUAAUGUCGGAAGGGCUAAGCCUGUGUUUAAUAUGGAUGUGGCCUUGGGUGUCAAUUCUCAUAUGUUGAUCGCCUGUGGAUGUGGAUACUGCCGUGGACAAAGCUUCUUCAUCCCGCGAAAGGAAGCUUAUGUAGCUCACUUCAAGCUGACUUGUGGUGAAGAUUGCAAGCCAGCCAACGCCACGGAGGAAGAACCAGCUCUCCUAAGACACAAGGCAAAGGUCAUUCCUGCAGUUACACAAGUGUUACAAAAACUCCAGCUGAUUUGA